UAGCCACUAAAUCCCUCCAAACCCUAACCCUAAUUAAUCUCAAUAACCGAAUCUCCUAGAGAUUUCAGUUUUACCAGUUGGGGUUUUAUUUUUUAAUAAUAUAAUAUAAUAUAUUAUAAAUAUACGCCGAACGCUUUCUUUCAGGUUCUACAAACAAAUCCUCCCCAAACAAAAUCCUUCCAUUGCGCUCUCUCUCUCUCUCUCUCUCUCUUUUUAUCUCUCUAUAUCUUUCUCUCUCUCUCUCUCUCUGUUUCUUCUUCCUCCAUUGAUCUCGAACCCACCGAGCGAUUUGUUGCUUUUCUUUUCUCCUUUUUAUUCUCUGAUUCUUCUUCAUCUUUUUGGAAAAAAUAGAGAUCGAAAUCCCAGCUUGUUGUGAAUGGUAGAAAUCUUAAGCGGUGACCGUUUGAUGCGCUCCCUUUCCCAAUUGAAGGCGAGCGCUCUUCUUCCUGUUUCUGCUGCUUCGGCUUUCGCUUUCGGGUCUUGCAAAGAAGGCUGGUACUACCGCUGCAUCGGCCUUGACCCGUGAGCCACCGGAUUUCCCUGGGUUUUUGUAUUUUUUUUCUUUUUUUUCUUUUAGCUUUUUCGUCGAACACCUCUUGCGCAUCUUUCUCUUCCCUGCCGCCUUUUUUUGUUUCUUAAAUUUUUAAUCCCUGUUUCUUCCGGUUUCAAUUUUUUUGUUGAAUUUGUUGAAUUGCUGAUUCUUUCAGCCGAGAAAGGGAUUUGGAUUUUCGAUCUUUUUGUUUGUUCUGCUUUGAAUCUUUUCUGGGGGAAAAAAAAAAAAAAGGUAAACAAAAAAAAAAAGAAAGAUGUUGUUGUCGAAGCAUAAGAAGAAUCAGAACGCGAAGGGCAACAGGCUCUUGAUCAGCAUCAAUGUGCUGGGAAGCGCCGGUCCGAUCCGCUUUGUCGUCAACGAAGAAGAGCUCGUCGCGACCGUCAUUGAUACCGCCUUGAAAUCUUAUGCGCGUGAAGGCCGCCUUCCCGUUCUCGGCUCUGAUCUCAAUGAUUUCAUGCUCUAUUGCCCAUAUGUCGGAACAGAUGCUCUGAGUCCGUUGGAGGCAAUUGGUUCGCAUGGAGCUCGCAAUUUUAUGCUGUGCAAGAAGCCACAACCUGAGAAAUUGGAGAACAAUGGAGGACCAACAGCAGGGGUGAUUUCUCGCAAGGGAAGCGGUGGAAGCUGGAAGGCAUGGAUCAAUAAGUCUCUUAACCUGAAGAUUUCUUCUCAUUGAUUUAGAUUUCUUUCAUCAAUGGUCCAUGUAUUUGUCCGGUUUUAAUUUAAAGUUAAUUUUUGUUCUUUGGAGUGCUUUUUUUUUAAUUCUGGGUAUUAUCUUUGAACGAGUUUAUCUCGGCUGCUCUGUUCUGAUCUCUCAGUCGAAAGAACAAAAUUCGAACUGCUUUUUUUGAGAAAUAAAUUUGAGUCUUAUGAGUUUGCUCUGAAAAUAA